UCUCUAAAUUUCACAACUUUAAUUCUCUGAAACUUCUAUUAUCUGUUUAUUUUAAUUUAAUAUCCGGAAGAAUCUUGCUUGCUUGAUUAUUAUACUUGGCCAACACUCAAACCUAGACAACACCCAUGUUAGCAUGUUUGUUAUUUCAUUAUCCAAUGCCAUUAUUUCCUCAUGAUUUGUAUAGCAUUUGUUUUGAAUCAAAUUGAUUCCAGAUGGGUUGAAUAAGAUAUUCUAUCUGGUUAGCAUUUAGUUUGCAUAUUCAAGAUUUGCUUCAAAACAACUGAUUCCAGAUGGCUUUUUAAAGGGUUCUUUUUGAUGAAUCUUAUUGGAUCAAUGGGUGUUAAAAGAUUUAUACUUUACUUGUUAGUGUUCUUCGGGUUUAUAUUGAUCUUUGUUGGCCCAAUUUCUCUUGCUAUCACCAAUGCUACAGAUGUGAGUGCAAUAAAUAAUCUAUGUGCUGCACUUGGAUCUCCUGAUCUUACUGGAUGGACAGCAACUGCUGGAGACCCAUGUGAUGAGAAAUGGCAAGGUGUUGUCUGUGAUACUACUAAUACAAAGAUUAUAUCAAUAACUGUUCAUGGCGCUAACUCGGUACGAGAAUUGGGUGAUACCCUAGGAGCAUUUUCUUCACUCCAAAGCAUAGAUUUGAGCAAUAACUUUAUUGGUGGUAGCUUUCCAACUGAUCUUCCCGUUACCCUCACAAAUAUAGAUUUAUCUGGUAACAGUUUGAGUGGAGAACUACCUUCCUCCUUACACAGUUUGUCUUCUUUAACCACCUUUCAUUUGCAGAACAAUAAACUCUCUGGGACUCUUGAUGUUCUACAAGACCUGCCUUUGCGUGAUCUGAAUAUAGAGAAUAACCUGUUUACUGGACCCAUACCCGACAAGUUACUAACCAUUCCCGAUUUCAAAAGCGACGGGAAUCCAUUGAAUGCUACUACAAGGGCUGCUCCACCUGCAUCCCCAAACACAACCACAUCUACAGGUUCGGGAACACCUUUUUUCCCGUCACCUAAACAAACGCCUGGUAAACAAGUACCACAAGCCAGUGGUCCGUCAUCCGCACCAGCUUCCAACUCCACAAGUAAAUCUUGGUCUGCUAAAAAGAUAGUUUGGGUGUCAAUAGCAUCAGUAUUUGGUUUCAUUGUUCUAGCAUUAGUGUGUCUGCUAUUUUCACCAAGACGGUUCCGAAGAACACAAAUCCCGGGUUUGAUACCCAAGAGACAUGAGAUUACCCCGUAUAUAGAUAACCGAGUGAGUCAUAUAGACAACAGACCCUUUGCUCAACCGACCGAUCAUGUUGAUAAAGCUCCAAAGGUGGCCACAGUUGUGCCACCAAAAUCGCAACAACAACCGCUUUCACCGCCACUGGCACCGUCAAGAAGACCACCUGGUCCACGUCUAGGGCCACAAACUGAUAAGCAGACGAAUGUGCAAAGACUGAGUGCCAUAUCCAAGCAGGACAGUAUGGAGAUAGACAUGAGCAGAUUCGAUAUAGAUUCAUUGCGGCCACCACCACCUCCGCCGCCACCCGCCCCACUCUCGACUUCACAACCAAUUCAUCUACCUUUUGAAAAGGUUAUUGUGGAGCCCGCUAUACCUGUUGAAGCGGCCGCCAAACCUCUUUUGCCUCACAUGUCUGUCAGGUCGUACACAAUCGCAUCCCUACAACAGUAUACAAACAGUUUCUCUCAAGAUAAUUAUAUCGGUAGAGGAAUGUUAGGGAGUGUCUAUAGAGCACAACUUCCAAAUGGAAAGUUGCUUGCUGUGAAGAAGUUGGAGAAAAAGGUAAUUAAUCAACAAACAGAGGAAGACUUCAUUGAGCUUGUUAGCAAUCUUGAUAAAAUUCGGCAUGCGAACGUUGUUGAACUCAUGGGUUACUGCUCAGAACAUGGUCAAAGAUUAUUAAUCUAUGAGUAUUGUAGUAGUGGGACCCUUCACGAUGCACUACACUCCGAUGACGGUUACAAAAAGAAAUUUUCAUGGAAUGCGCGCAUCCGAAUGGCACUUGGAGCUGCAAGAGCCUUAGAAUAUCUGCAUGACUUUAGCGAGCCGCCUAUUAUUCACAGAAACUUCAAGUCUGCAAAUGUUCUUCUUGAUGAAGAUCUUUCUGUGCGUGUCUCUGAUUGCGGUUUAGCUCCGUUAAUAUCCCGUGGCUCAGUAAGUCAGUUGUCAGGACAACUUCUGUCAACCUUUAGUUAUGGAGCCCCAGAAUUUGAGUUGGGAAUCUAUACUUCUAUGAGUGACGUGUACAGUCUUGGGGUGGUGAUGUUAGAACUUUUAACGGGCCGGAAGCCUUACGACAGUACACGGCAUCGUGGGGAGCAAUUGUUGGUGAGAUGGGCGGUACCUCAACUUCAUGAUAUCGAUGCGUUAUCGAGGAUGGUUGAUCCUUCUCUCAAUGGAGAAUACCCCGUCAAAUCUUUAUCAAAUUUUGCAGAUAUUAUAUCGCGUUGCGUUCAGACGGAGCCGGAGUUUAGGCCACCGAUGUCGGAAGUGGUGCAGGAUCUUAUACAAAUGAUAAGAAGGGAGUCUUCUAAUAGAUCAGAUGGGGAUUGAUUGAUAUUCCUCUAGGAAUAGUUUUUGUUGAAAAGUCAAUGAUGGUCAAAGUCAAGAUUCUAACACAGUUUACUCUUGUACAAAUAGGGAUGGCAAUGGGACGACCAUACCCGAUUGUAAAAUCGCGUCCCUUACCCGUCAGGCGAUUACUCUUCGCCUGUCGGGCAUAGUUUGCAAGAUUUAUAGGUCAUUUUGUUUGCACGAUUGAAGAACCACUUGAUUAUGGUCCACCUUCAAUUCAUAAGGGUAAAGUGGUAAAUUUCCAAUUCCCAUUAUCUAUGUGUAAUUGUUGGUUCUUCAUAUGUGCAAAAUGUAAUGCUUUUGAUUAUUCAAGUAAAAUUAUUGUUGAAAUUCCCUUUUUUAACUGUAUAAUAUAUUUAUUUUUAUCUGA